UAAAAGGGAGCAGUUACGGGCGGAUUUUCAGUUGAGAAGGAUUUAAUCUGGGUGGUGUUUAGAAUCCGCUGGAAGGUAACUUAGCUGCCGAAAGGAACGAAAGCAGGACUCUUCUUUUCUCUUCUGUGGAAAACACGAAUUUAAGAAAUCUACAUCCUGCGUAUGCUUCAUUCCAAGAGGGAUAAAAUGAAGUGCCCUUGCUACGAGGCUAUCAAAGCCAGCAAUAUGGAGAAAAGCUCCGAGUCCAAAGUGCUCCACCUCAAACCCUCCCCAGUGAAGGAGCUCACCCCCAUCAAAGCUCAGUGUUCCCCAGCAGAAGUGGCCAAAGUGUUGUUCUCCAUCAAAGACACCAGUGCGGUCCACGACAAGGAGAACAGCACCGGCAGGGAGCAUGACCACAGUCUGGACGAAAGCUUUGAGGACAGCGGCUAUUUGUCUAAGCACAACAGUCAGAAUCAUUCCUACCACGGGGAAGAAGAGGAUGACUACAUCCUGGGGAAACCAGCAGCACCUCUACCUUCUGUUGCAGCCGCACAACAAGAAAAGACGAUGACACCAACUAAUUCUCCCUCCAAAUGUCAAGGGAGGAACAACUACAGCCGUCCAACGUCUCUGGUGGCAGUUUCUACUCCUGUGGAUUGCUCUAGGAGGACACCAGCGGCAUAUUCACUGUCAUCCACCCCCUCGGACCCUCACAGCGACCCCAACCUGCCUAUACUGAUGUUCCAGAGGGCCGUGUGUGAAGAGCUCGCCAAGAGCUAUAAGAAGAAUAACAAGUACGACUGGAGCAUCGUUACAAAGGUAGCAGAGGAUCAUCUCUUGGAUCGGGUGAUCGGAGGUCAGAUGGGCUUGGAGUAUAUCGACAUUUUCACAUCUCUGUUGUCCAGGAACAUGAGAAGCGUCCUGACUAACAUCUUGGCCCUACUGGGAGACAUGGACCUCAUUAGCUGUAAGAAGGUGAGCAGAACGUGGAGGAAGAUCAUCUGUGAGGAUACAGCAGUUCUCAGCAGGUGUCGGCAGGCAGAGCAAGCACUCAGGGAGUCGAGGAGCUCUCUGAGCCAGACGGGUUGUGGUCUGACUAGAGACGUGGCUGUAUCCAGGGUGGUGUUGUCCUGCAUGCAGACCCUAGCCUUCUCCAACACUCCAUCUUCUUCUUCUUCCACCCCGAGCUGCAGGACCAGCAGACGGACUGCUCCUCCUCAGAAGAGCAACACAACCAACUCUCAGUGUACACGCUUUGACCAAUACAUACAGGCCGCCAGCAGUCUAAAGCAACACGAGUCUCUGCGUCACUGCAAACGCUGCGGUUCACCUGCAACCCAUUCCCCCGAGGUCCAGCAGGCCGUCUGCACUCGCUGUCUGUUCAACUUCUGCACCCGCUGCCAGGAAACCUUCCACGGCUCCACCCCCUGCCGAACGGUGCAGCCCCGACUCCAUGUUCCCACCUCCAAGAAGACUCUGAUCGUCCCGGGUACCAAGAGGAGCAUCAGGCGCCUGUGAUGGAGGUUUUACUGGAGUUUUAUUCAACGACUUUUAUCUGAAAAGCGUCUCCUGUAGCUCCGUCUGAACCUCAACACUGGAGAAAGUUUUUACACAAACUCACCCUGGAAACGACUUUAUUACUUGCACUUUUCGCAAAAACUUUGUUGCACACAAAACUCUGAAUUACCCGAGUGACUCGAAGCACUGCUGGGACAAUCAACCAGAGAGUGGCCUGGUUGGAACUGUUGUUGUCUGCGAGCAACAAAAACGUCUGAUGGCCAAAAAGAAAUGGAAACUGCCGUAAAGCUCACAUUUUUAUUAUGUUUUAUAAUGAAACUGAUGUAAAUAUAUUGUAGUAUCACUUUUAAAUAGUCUUACAUAUGUGUUUUAUAAUAAAUGGUGAUCUUCAAGAGGUCUGUAAAAGUUCAGAUUUACUGCAUUUGUAUUUUCUGUAAAUAGACUUUUCAUAAAAUUUAAAAUCUUGUGUUUUUGUGGUUUUUGAUGGCACGUUUGUUCCUGCAGGACGCAACUUCUGCUUGACAAUAACUUCUACAUCUGUUGGAGUUUUAUUUAGUUUGUUCUUAAAUAAAUGCAGUUUAUGAUCAGAAAUACACUUUAAAAACAGAAA